AUUGGUUCAUCCAGCUUUCAUUCAAACACACGCAGGCGUGCUACUCGCGCAGUUAAAGUCGGACAUCUACUGGAAAGACUACUGGGAAUUCAAUAACAAAUCGACAAUAACAGGGAACUUACCUGUUCUUCCGUAUUUUUCUGCUGCUAUUGAAGACACAUUAAACAUACAUCUGCGGAUUCUUACUUUAAUCGUAUCUGGAUAACGUUUGGGGUCGCAGAAAUGAGUCAGUGGUUGGAGCUUCAACAACUGGAUUCAAAGUUUCUGGAACAAGUUGACCAACUUUACGAUGACAACUUUCCAAUGGCCAUUCGGCAGUACCUCAGCAGCUGGAUAGAAAGCCACGACUGGGACCAUGUUGCUAAUGUGGAGAACGAGUCUCUGGCCACCGUGAGGUUUCAUGAUCUUUUGACCCAGUUAGAUCACCAACACAGCCGCUUCGCGAUGGAGAAAGACUUCCUGAACCAGCAUAACAUCCGCAAGAUCAAGAGGAACUUGCAGAACCUCUUCCAAGACAAUCCUGUUUCCAUGGCGAUGAUCAUCAGUAGGAACCUUAGUGAGGAAAGGAAGAUUCUGGCCGCUGCCCAAAUGUCAGAGAAUCAAACCAGCAGCACCCAAAACGACAUGAUCGUGGAGAAACAUCGAGAAAUGGACGGAAGAGUGAAAGACAUAAAGAAUAAAGUACAGGACACCGAGCAGAUCAUCAAAAAUCUGGAAGACCUGCAAGACGAAUACGACUUCAAGAGCAAAACUCUUCAAAGCAGAGAGGAACUCAACGGGACUAUUUCGAAGGAAGACCUGAAUCGGGAGCGACUGACCAUCCGCGCCAUGUUUAUGAAACUCCACGACACAAGAAUAAACGUGAUUGGUCAGAUGUCAGAGGUGUUGAACCUUAUGGAUCCGGUGAUCUUUGAGCUGAUCUCAACAGAACUGGCCGAAUGGAGGCGCCGACAACAGAUGGCUUGCAUUGGUGGGAUGAGCAAUGUCUGCUUGGACCAGCUUCAAAACUGGUUUACAUCUCUCGCAGAAUCUUUGCUUCAGCUCAGGCAGCAGCUCAAGAAACUUCUGGAGCUGGAGCAGAAGUUCACAUACGAGACCGAUCCCAUCACUCUCAGCAAAAGCACUCUAGAGGACAGGAUCAUGUUAAAUUUCAAAACUCUCAUCACAAACUCCUUGGUAGUCGAGAGACAGCCAUGCAUGCCGACCCAACUGCAAAGACCUUUGGUGCUGAAGACGGGUGUUCUGUUCACUCUCAAAUUACGGCUGCUCAUAAAACUUCAGGAAUUCAACCACACUGUUCGAGUGAAAGUGCAUUUUGACAAGGAUAUCGUUGAGAAACGGAAAGGGUUUCGUAUGUUCAACAUCUUGGGAACGGCCAUGAAGGUGAUGAACAUGGAAGAAUCCAAUGGAAUGGCAGCAGAAUUCCGUCAUUUGCAACUGAAAGAGAAGAAAGUUACCGGAAACAGAACUAGUGAGGGCCCUCUGAUCGUCACAGAGGAACUUCACUCCAUCACCUUUGAGGCUGAGCUUUGCUGGUCUGGACUGGUCAUGAACUUUGAGACUACAUCUCUGCCCAUAGUUGUGAUCUCCAAUGUCAGUCAGCUACCCAGUGGAUGGGCCUCCAUCAUGUGGUACAACAUGCUGACCUCUGAUCCAAAGAACCUUUCGUUCUUCGUGACUCCUUCUUCAGCCACUUGGGGGCAUCUAGCGGAGGUGCUGAGCUGGCAGUUCUCCUCCAUCACCAAAAGAGGUCUUAAUCAAGAACAGUUAAGCAUGCUGGGAACUAAACUGCUGGGUGCUAAAGCAGUGAUGGAUCCUGAAGCUCAGAUUCCUUGGAAUAAAUUUUGUAAGUCUGGCAGCGAGAAGAACUUCACAUUCUGGCUGUGGAUUGAAGCAAUUUUGGACCUUAUAAAGAGACAUCUGCUGAGCCUGUGGGAUGAUGGGUGUAUAAUGGGGUUUGUGACCAAGGACCGAACUAAAGCUCUGCUCUAUGAUAAAGCUCCCGGCACAUUUCUGUUGCGCUUCAGUGAGAGUAACCGCGACGGAGCAAUCACGUUCAGCUGGGUCCAACAUGACGCAAACGAAGAGCCACAGAUUCGCUCCGUGGAGCCCUACACGAAGAAGGAACUCUCUGCCGUCUCACUUCCUGACAUUAUUCGCAACUAUCGCGUGAUGGCCGCCGACAACGUCCCAGAAAACCCUCUGCGCUUCCUCCAUCCCAAUAUACCCAAAGACGAUGCCUUCAAAAAAUACUAUUCCAAACCCACUGAUAAGCAAGAACCAAUGGAUGUCGACAAGAAGUCAGAUGAGGGAUACAUCAGCACCACUCUCAUCUCCAUCUCUGAAAUGAAACCACAAGAUUAUAAUGACACGCUCAUGCCAAUGUCACCUGAGGUUUACGGCCAGCUGGAGCAGGAGGUGAGACAACUGGGAUUCAUUGAUCCACUGUCAUUGGUGAAUGGGGCUGAACCGACCAUCCCCAACCUCGGCCUUCAUCCUCCCGUCCCGCCGACAACCGAUGAUAUAGGGCAGGACCGACUAUCUCCUGCCCCGGCCUUCACCCUCCCGUCUUGUGGUGCCGACGUCUGGUGCCACAGUCGGCAGUACGUGUCCACCAAUGAGUAACCGAUACGAUAUCCGACUGGAGCCGUCAGACUUUAGUAUCUCUUAAGGCACCUGAAAGAAGACAGAUGACUCAGAAAAAGUAGAAAUGUUGCCAUCAUUCUGUGUUUUUAAUAGCGCAAAUGAAAGAAGAACAGUUUGUCUGAGGUAUAGCCACUGGGUUUGUUAUUCCUCUCUUUUUUAUUCUAACAGAGGAAAUUAUUAGAAAAACACUGUCAUCUAUAGCAAAAAGACAACCGCUGAUUUAGCCCUCAUAGUAAUGCUACUGUUACCUCAGCACUUAGUCUAGAAAAUAAAAGCAAGGCAGGGAAGUUGUGUACUAAUAGCACUUCAUUCAGUAUAGCACUUCACUUUCUAAUAUGCCAAGUAAUAAAUGAGUGAAUGAGAACAUUAUGAAUUUCACAAAAACUGUCUAUCAUUUCUGUAAAGAAAAUUAAACCCAUUUUUAGGACUAUUAAGAUUUUUAACAGUUAAGCACAUCUUAUAAGAAUCUUAUAAGAAUGCCAACAAAUAAAACAAGUAAAACAUUUACAUCACAGCAGUUUUUGUUGUACUGCCUUAUAUUUAUGUUGAUUUAAUUUAGCAUUGUUAGUACAGGAAUUUUUACUGUAAUAUAAUGGAAUUAGUGUAUUACAGUAAUGAAAAUCCAUUAUGAGAAUAAUGGAAAUGAACAAACAAAUUGUCAUAAUGAAAUAAAUAAAACAAGAAUUUAAAAAUGGUCCUAAAAUAGGCUUCAUUUUCUUUAAGAAAAAUAUAAUUUCUUAAGCUUCUUCUGUUAGAUUUUGGGUAAAAACAAGAUCUGGAUUUUUGUAAGAUUUACUCAUAAAGAACUAAGAAAUGCAGGAAGUUAGAUCUGAUUAAACAUUUUAAGCUGUUAGGUGUUUGUUUUCUUAAACACUGUUUCUUUAUAUGUGAAAAAAAAUUUCUUUAAACUUGCUGGUGCUUUAUUAGUGUUAUGUCCACUUUAUGUACUUUGUUGUUGUUUCUACUUUUUGCACUGGAUUGUAUGGUUGUAUUUAGGUAAUUACAGAACAAUAUUUGUUUUGGGCUUUAUAGACGAGUACUGUGGAAAUCCAUUGUUUUGGAAUGCCUUAAAAAUUUGCACCUUAAAAAUUUGACUAACAAUAUGAAAACCCCCACACACAUUCAUGAGAGCAUACCUGGAAAGCAUAGUAAUCUGUGUUCUAUGUCUUUAUUGUUUUUAUCUAGUAUUUUUUUGUGGAAUAUAUUUAUCAGCUUAAAUCUAGAACAUUUAAAGCACUGCAUAAUUAAAAUCAAAGUUAAAGGAAAUUUCACAACACAACGAUGCAAUACAUUCAUAGCAGUAAAUAACAAAUGCUGAAAAAAUUGUAACAGCUUUCUGAAAUUACACAAAGCAACAAAAAUGACUAAAGUGCGACACAUGGAAAAGAACAAAUUUGGAAAUGAUCAGUGACCUACUUUUGUUGAACUACAUACUGUUGAGUCUUCUGGUUGUGUUGCUUCCGUUUUUUUUCCCCAAUAAAUAACAUUUCCAGGUUAAGCAUGUAUAGAUACACACACACACACACACACACACACAUUACAAAACACAUUUACAAUACUUCAACAAUAGUGUCCAACUAGAAAAUAUUCACAUAUUUGAGACUGACUCGGCUUUGGAGGUUUUUCAAGUAUAUGCACGCCUCUUUAUCAUCCAAACUGUACAUUAAAACAAUCAGUGUGCUUGUCUGCAUACAACAUGUGCUUAAGGACAUGUAACCAGCCAUUUACAAAAGAAAUUCUCAGUUUCACAACUGGUGGAACAUGUUUAGACUACAUUUUGACCAUUGCAGAUUGUUAAUACCAGUGCUUUUUUUUUGUUUUGUUUUCAGCUUUCAACCUUACUUGUCACUUAACCAUGUACUGAGAAUAAAACAAAAACGUCAA